CAUUAUCUGGACCUUGCUUGUGUACUGCCGUGUGAAUAUAAUUGUUUUUCCUGAAAGAGUGUACACUUGUAAGGUUUACUGUAAUAGGCUGAAGCAACAAUAUUUACAUACAUAGCUAGUGGACGGUUCGCACGCCCUAUCCUAUCCGUGGAUUUAGUUAAGAUCGACAGUAGAGGCAGCAUCCAUAGGAAGAUGGUAACCAGUGUACUUGGCGACACAAUCGCCCUGCUAGCGGCUAUCAGUCUGCUUUGCCCAGGAUCCCACGGUGAUUUACUGCCAAACUGCAGACCGACAGAUGGAAUCAUAAAGAACUAUGAAGAUAAGAUCUAUAUCCAGCCCGACAUUGAUCAGACACCAGUUGCGUUGUAUUUGGGUACUGGAAACCUCUACAAGAAAACGUUCACAUUCACAUCACCUUGCAAUCUGUUAUUGAAAGCGGUUUCACUCAUGUACACUGGAUCAUGCUCAGUAACAGUGAGUUAUGGCAGUGAUAACAGACUUCUUGAGACUCUUCACUUUCCAGUUCCGCUGAGCAGCACCUGGCAUACUGGAUUCGAAAACUUAAAUCAAGCUGCUACCCAAACGCUCAACGAGUACAUGACAAGGAAUGAAAUAACGAAGUUGAUGAUAACCAUUUCUGCCAGGGAUUCACGUUGCAACAUCUACAAAGUCCAGAGAACCAGCCGCAUAAUAAGAGGAUUGGCCAUAAUUGCCCAGGAUUUGAACGAAUGUAUCGACGAAACAAAUACUGGUAUCUGCCAUGAAUUGCCAAAUCCAGGGAGCAGGAAAUGUGUCAACACAGUAGGGUCAUAUGACUGUCCUUGUUUGGAUGGAUAUGCAGGUAGUACAUGCAGAGAUAUUGACGAGUGCACAAACGGCACGCACAACUGCAACAACUUGAUCAAUUAUGACAACAGACAAUGUCUGAAUGUGAACGGUUCCUACAUUUGUCCCUGUCUUCGUGGAUAUGAUGGUUCAGAAUGUGAAGACAUUGACGAGUGUACAAGAGGCACACACAAUUGCAACACCAUGACCAAUUAUGAAAACAGACAUUGUCUGAAUCAGGAAGGAUCCUACAUCUGUCCCUGUCUUCCUGGAUAUGCUGGUUCAGCAUGUGAUGAUAUUGACGAGUGCACAAGCGGCACGCACAACUGCAACAACUUGAUCAAUUAUGACAACAGACAAUGUCUGAAUGUGAACGGUUCCUACAUUUGUCCCUGUCUUCCUGGGUAUGGUGGUUCGGAAUGUGAUGACAUUGACGAGUGUACAAUAGGCACACAUAAUUGCAACACCAUGGUUAAUUAUGAAAACAGACAAUGUCUGAACCAGAAAGGAUCCUUCAUCUGUCCCUGUCUUCCUGGAUAUGCUGGUUCAGAAUGUGAUGACAUUGACGAGUGUACAAGAGGCACGCACCGCUGCAACAACAUGAUCAAUUUUGAAAACAGACAAUGUCUGAAUCAGAAAGGAUCCUUCAUCUGUCCCUGUCUUCCUGGAUAUGCUGGUUCAGAAUGUGAUGACAUUGACGAGUGUACAAGAGGCACGCACCGCUGCAACAACAUGAUCAAUUUUGAAAACAGACAAUGUCUGAAUCAGAAAGGAUCCUUCAUCUGUCCCUGUCUUCCUGGAUAUGCUGGUUCAGAAUGUGAUGACAUUGACGAGUGUACAAGAGGCACGCACCGCUGCAACAACAUGAUCAAUUAUAAAAACAGGCGAUGUCUAAAUCUGAACGGAUCCUACAAUUGUUCCUGCCUUUCCGGAUAUGCUGGUUCAGCAUGUGAUGCUACAUACGCGUUAACCAGCAGUGAUUGCGUCUCUAUUGUGACCUUCGCCAUCUCUAUCAGCCUAGUGAUAAUUGUCUUUGUGCUGAUAAUUACAGUCCUGCUGGUUCAAUACAGAAGAGUGAAAUUGCUGUUAGCCCAAAGCACCACUCGAACUCAUGCUUUGCAGAUUAUGAAGGACACAGCCAGGAGUACCAACAAACCACUCACUAUCAAUGACACACCACAGUCUGCAGUUCAACAAGACACAGCAGUGUAUUCCACUGUACAAUAGGACGCACUCCCUGGUGCAAACAUGCAGUUUGAGUUCUUCAGACUUCCCCAGUCCGGCACAGUGACGUAUAGCUAUACGCUCGCCAAAUCCAUUGUCACCUUUUUCUACUUCAUUCGGAGUUUGUCGCGUGCAAUUAUCUUCUUCCUUCUUCCCAGUCUUAUAUUUUAUAAAGUUCGGCACAUUAUUAUCUUUUUUUUUUUCCUUCUGCAUCUUUUGCGUGCGAUUCCAUUCUCCAUUAUUAAAUAUCUGAUAUUACAUCAAUUUGGUCUAUGCCAUUCCAGAAGUUCUCCAUGCACAAAUAUUGGCUAAAUCGGGCUAUACAAUUAUGGAUCAUAUGAAGGCUAGCACACGUCUUAUUGCCAUCACCAUUGCUAUGCCCAAGAAAUGUCGCUACACAUUUGCAGCAGUCUUCAGUUUGGGCAUCCAACCGCUUUUAGUCAUGCAAAAAUUUCAGUUUCAUUUACCAGUUGUAUUCUUUGAUGUGAUUGAUGAAAUUAUUUAAUACGAUGUAUUAAAAAUUACAAAUUUUUUUACAUUCCAUGUCAUUUUUCAUUUGCGAUCUCUUGGAUUUUUCUCUUGUUUCAGCGGUCAUAAUGCUUUCCUUUUCGGUGAGCAGGUUGUCGGUACAUUUUGAUAAUUUUAGCUGCUACGCUUUUCCUGGUGCCUCUUGUUUGCGUGCUUCUUUUCAGAACUGUGUUCGUUUCCGUCCAAUGGGUUUAUCUAUGACCUGUUCGCUUUCUGCGUAGCGCGAAAGGAUUUUUGACACGGUGUUUAAAUCUUUCUACCACACCCACCCUAUCCUUUUAAUUUUGUAUAUUCACCUUUUCUUUUUUUCUAUCAAAAUUUCACUUUAAAAAAAGAACGGUAAUGUAAUUGUGCUCUCGCGCCUAGUGGUCACCAUCACAGCCGCCAAUCAUUGUCAAAGGCUUACUGGUAGCUUUCAAUGACCUUUCUGUCUUGUUCAAUUGUGCUCCGUCCCAUGUGACCUUGGCUUUACAUACACAUACGGUACCAUUGUCAUCACAGAAUUUAUUGUAUAUGUUCAGCGUAUGGCGUUGGAAUUUCUCCUUGAACUUUAGUCGAAGGCUCU